UUCGUCCCAUCUUCGUCAGUACACGCAUCCGACGCCCCACCCCAUUCCCAUUUCCAGUGCCGCGCUUCCUCUGUAGCCGCCAGCCAUGGAGGUCGACCCGCCGCUCGAUCUCGCCCCCGUUCUCGAGGCGGCUUCGGAGUUCGCCUCUUACCCCGGAUUGCAGAACGAUGCUUCCGCCAAGGAGUUCCUCGAUCGCUUCCCCCUCCAUACGCUCUUCAGUGUUUUACAAACCAAAGCAGAUGUACCUGGAACUGAAGACACUAUGGUUUCUUGUUUAGAUAAAAUAUUCAGAACAAAAUAUGGCGCCUCUCUUCUUCUAGACUAUGCCCCAUUUAUACAAGUAGGUCUACAGGCAAAUUCUCAGGCUGUUAGACGCUUGGCAUGCAAAGCUGUAUCUUAUCUUCUGGAGAACACUGGUGACAGGGUGGGUGCUCUCCAGAUUAUUGUUGCGUAUAAUGUUUAUCCACUUCUGCUUAGCUGCUUAGUUGAUGGUGAUGAACAGACUUCAGCAGCUUCUCUUGAAGCAGUUAAAGAUAUUGCUCAAUCCCCUGAAGGAAUUAGCAUCAUUUUCCCAGGCCAUGGUGAAGGACCUUUUCUAAUAAAAAAUAUAGCCGUGCAAUCCUCUUCACUGGCCCGUAUACGGAUUUUAGCUCUUGUAGCAAAGUUAUUCGCUCUUUCUAGCUCCCUUGCUACUGCAGUUUACAGCUCGAACCUGCUCAACUUGUUUGAGGUAGAAAUUAACAAUGGUCAUGAUAUGUUGACAACUUUGAGUGCUUUGGAGCUUUUAUAUGAGUUAGUGGAAUCUCCUCACAGCAGCAUGUUCUUAUUGAGAACGACCUUGCUUCAGAAAUUAACUAGUAUGGUCAGCAAUUCAUCAGUUGAUUCAGUGUUACGAUCAAGAGCAGCUUUGAUUAGUGGAAGGAUUCUUUCCUCAUCCGAUGCCUAUACAGCUGUUGACAUAUCAAGUGUCACGGCACUGCUUGCGGCCAUUGAUGAAAGGCUGAAGGUUCUUGGUGGUCAGAAUACAGAUGAAUAUGAGAGUGCACUGGAAGCAUUAGGUCUAAUUGGAGCAAUAAGCCAAGGAGCAACUCUGUUACUUUCAAGUUCGCCUGUUGCAAGACAUGUCAUAGAAUCUGCCUUCGAUCGCCAUAGUAGAGGCAAACAGUUGGCUGGUUUGCAUGCCCUUGCUAGUAUUUGUGGAGUUGACCGACCAGAAGAUAAAAUGUUACUUGACAGUAAGGCAGAGGAAAACCUUAGGCGCCUAAUUUAUACAGCAGCUGCCAACACUUCGAAGCUGAACCCAUCAGGUCUAAUUCUCUCCAUACUACGACAGGAACCAGAAAUAAGACUGGCUGGUUAUAGAUUGAUUUCUGGUUUAGUGGUUCGGCCUUGGUGUUUGAUGGAGAUCUGUUUAAACCCGGAGAUUAUUACCAUUGUGACAGAUGCGAAGAUCGAGACUGCAAAAACUGGUAUGGAUGCCCGACAUCAUUGUUGCACGGUUAUCAGUACUGCCCUAUCCUCUUCGAAUUUGCUUCAGGAUGCCGCCGUCGCCAGAACAGCAGCAAAGUUGCAGGAAGCUGUUAGAAGGGGUCCAUACGUCAUCAAGGAGCACGUUGAAGCUCAGCCCAUCGUAAUGACCGCCGAAAGAUUUUGAGUGGUCUCCAAAGAUUCCAGAGUCCAAAUAUACCUAGUAAAGUGAAAGCUAGUCCUGAUAUGUCCCUUUGCUGAUGCCGACACCACAAUGUUUGCUUCCAUUUGUGGGCGUUAUGCUAACACAGUUUGGGUUGAUGGCUCUUUGUUUCAGUAGUUUCCCUCGUUGUUAGAGCGUUGAUUUUUGAGAGCUUUGUCAUCCAAGUUAUUCAAACCCAAACAAGUUUUCUUCGUGUUUUGACAGGACGAAUAUGAUGCCCAAUUUUUGGAUUUCGCAUCUCAUCAAAA